AUGGAAUGGCCUGCAGACAGUCCGGGUCUAUUGUUCUGGUUUGCGCCCAUUCUCCAAACCACUACAUCAUCAGAAGAGGAUAGUGCCACCCCCGUCCUGCAGAAUACCCUCACCCACCAAAACUAUAUAAGGCACCCUUAUCCCCGCCGGUUUUUUUCUUUCUCCAGUACUUACUACAUUAACACAUACAACAUCAUGACUUCUACUCCUUAUCAAAUCAACAAGCCUUUCAGAAUUGCCGUCAUCGGUUCUGGUAACUGGGGUACCGCCGUGGCCAAGAUUGUCGCCGAAAACUGUUCUGAAAAGAGCGACAUUUUCGAAAAACAAGUCAACAUGUGGGUUUUCCAAGAGCAAAUCGGUGAGCGCAACUUGACCGAUAUCAUCAACACCGAGCACGAGAACGUCAAGUACUUGCCUGACGUCAAGCUCCCCGAGAACUUGGUUGCUAACCCCGACAUUGUGGAGACCGCCAAAGAUGCCGAUCUUUUGAUCUUCAACAUUCCUCACCAGUUCCUUCCUCGUAUCUGCAAGCAGCUCGAGGGUAAGGUUUCGCCAAACGUGCGUGCCAUCUCGUGUUUGAAGGGUAUUGAGGUGAACGAGCACAACUGUAAAUUGUUGUCGCAAUCGAUCACAGACACUCUCGGUAUUUACUGUGGUGUCUUGUCCGGUGCCAACAUUGCCAAUGAAGUUGCCAGAGGCCGCUGGUCGGAGACCUCUGUCGCUUACAACGUGCCAGAUGACUUCAGAGGCCACGGUGAGGACAUUGACGAGUUCGUGUUGAAGGAGUUGUUCCACAGAUCCUACUUCCACGUGCGUGUGAUUAAGGACGUCGUGGGUGCCUCCAUCGCUGGUGCUUUGAAGAACGUCGUUGCCUGCGCUGCUGGUUUCGUUGAGGGUGCCGGCUGGGGUGACAACGCUAAGGCUGCCAUCAUGAGAAUCGGACUUAAGGAGACCAUUCACUUUGCCUCUUACUACGAGAAGUUCGGUAUCCAGGGUGCUUCUCCAGACUACAAGACCUUCACCGAGGAGUCUGCCGGUGUUGCCGACCUUAUCACCACCUGUUCCGGAGGUAGAAACGUCAAGGUCGCUCGUUACAUGAUUGAGAACAAGUGUGACGCUUGGGCUGCCGAGGCUAAGCUUUUGAACGGUCAAUCUUCCCAAGGUAUCAUCACCGUCAAGGAGGUCCACAAAUUGUUGCAAAACUUCGGCUUGCAGGACGAGUUCCCAUUGUUCGAGGCCACCUACGCUGUUAUCUACGAGAGCGCCGACGUCAACGACUGGCCUAUCGUUUUGCAGUAA